AUUUCAUAUAAAUUAAAUUUGGCGCUAGAAAUUGACAGUUCAUGCAGCCAACAUAAGCAACAAUUUCCAAGUGUAAAAAAUUAUUUAAGAUUUUUAACAGGUCGGAUUCAGACCGUCGUUUUUAUUUAACGUUAAAACGCGAUAAGUUAUAAUCAGUAUUAUUUAGUAUUUAAGUGAUCAAGUGUAUAGAACGUUAAAAAUGGCUCCAAUAGGUUAGUUUUUACUGUUAUUCCAUAUAUUUGUGUUUAAGGGGUUUUACCUUGGCUUUCGCUGUGCUCCGGCAUGUUGCUAUAAUAUUUGUUGGGGGAUUUGGGUCUUUCACUAAACUUUUUAUCAAACCUAACCCUAAUCCUCGAUUACAACCGGUAACUAGUAUAGAAUUCAUUAUUUAAGUCCUUUAAAGUUAACACUAAUAUUUUAGCACACACGUUUUAGUAUUUUAAUAUUUUCUUAAGUGGAUCUUAUCUUUCUAAACAAGGACACAAAAUUAAAUAAUGGCGUCUGUAUUUUGUUUAAGAAAUGUCAUAUUUCGGGGGACGUGUAACGUAAACUCGACAAAAUUCCUCGUUUUAAAAAGUGUAGCAAACCAUUCUAGAAGCCUCUCUAUUUCGAGCAUAAAUUGUAAUGAUGUUGAAUUUGACUUGGUGGUCAUCGGAGGCGGUUCCGGCGGUUUGGCCGCCGCCAAAGAGGCUACAACCUUGGGCGCCAAAGUUGCCGUCUUGGAUUACGUAACUCCCAGCCCUUUGGGCACAAAAUGGGGCCUUGGGGGUACCUGCGUCAACGUUGGUUGCAUACCCAAGAAGUUGAUGCACCAGGCUGCCCUCUUGGGAGAAUCCAUACAAGAUGCUAAAAGUUAUGGCUGGCAAUUUCCUCAAGCGGAAAAUAUCAGACACGACUGGGAAACUCUUAAAGAUGCAGUACAGGCCCACAUUAAAUCCGUCAACUGGGUGACAAGAGUCGAACUUAGAGACAAGAAAGUCGAAUACAUCAACGGUCUCGGCACCUUCGUGAACGCGAACACCGUAUCAGCGACGACGAAGCAGGGCGAGCGCACGCUCACCGCCAAGUACUUUUUGAUCGCGGUGGGCGGCCGCCCGCGCUACCCCGACAUUCCCGGCGCCGUCGAGUACGGCGUCACCAGCGACGACAUCUUCAGCUUGCAGAAGGAACCGGGCCGCACGCUCGUAGUGGGCGCCGGAUACAUCGGCUUGGAGUGCGCGGGUUUCCUGAAAGGUUUGGGAUACGACGCCACUGUAAUGGUGAGGUCUGUGGUGUUGAGAGGUUUCGACCAGCAGAUGGCGCACAUUGUCACUGCCGCCAUGCAAGAUAGGGGUGUCAACUUCUUGUUCAAAUGCAAGCCCAAGAAGAUCGAGAAACUCGAUAACGGUCAGCUGAAAGCGACUUGGGUGAACGAGGUGAACGAGGAGUUUACCGACGUGUUCGACACCGUUUUGUUCGCCAUCGGCAGGCGCGCCCUCACCAGGGAACUCAAGCUGGAGAACGCGGGCGUCAAGGUUGCCGGCGACGGCGAAAAAAUCGACGCCGUCAACGAGCAAAGCAACGUGCCCCACAUCUACGCCGUCGGAGACGUCCUCUACAAAAAACCCGAGUUGACUCCGGUGGCAAUCCACGCCGGCCGUUUGCUCUCGCGCCGCCUCUUCGGCAACGGUGCGGCAACGAUGGACUACGACAACGUGGCAACAACGAUAUUCAGUCCCUUGGAGUAUGGCGCAGUCGGUUUGAGCGAAGAGGAGGCCGUCAAAAGAUUCGGCGAAGACAAGGUGGAAAUCUACCACGCCUACUACAAGCCCACCGAGUUCUUUAUCCCGCAAAAGAACAUUUCUCACUGCUACCUCAAAGUUGUGGCGAUGAGAGAUGGCGAACAAAAAGUUUUGGGUAUGCAUUUCAUUGGGCCGCAGGCGGGAGAGGUCAUUCAAGGAUUCGCAGCAGCUAUUAAGUGUAAUUUGACCGUAAAUGCGUUGAUGGGCACAGUUGGUAUUCACCCGACCAUCGCCGAAGAAUUUACCAGGAUAAAUAUUACCAAGAGGUCGGGAAAAGACCCCAACCCAGCUUCCUGCUGCAGUUAAGAAUUGCGUAACGCACCGAUUAAUUUUAUUAUUUUAUUUUAUUGUGCACUAAAUAAAAAAUACGUAGUUAAUUUCACCUGAUAUUCCACUUAUAGUUACUUAAGAAUUAUCUAACGCAGUGAUAUUUAUUAUUUCCGUAAUUUUUACCAAAAUUUAACGUUUUUUUAAUUGUGAUUGGCACAUUUUUACCUUGCAUGUGAAAUUGUUACAAAGUAUACUUAUUUUUACUUAGAAU